GGGCGGAGGUGGGGCGGCCCGGCCCGGGCCGGCCUCGGCGGGCGGAGCUGGGCCGAGCGGAGCCGAGCCGGCGCCCUGCGGAAGAGGAGAGGGAAGGGAAGGAGUGGUGGCGGCGGCGGGAUGGCAGCGCGGGGCUCGGCCGGGGAUGCCGCGCUGCGGCGGGCGGCCGAGCAGUGGUUGCUGUGGGAUAAGAACCCAAAAACUUCUGCAACAGUGAAGCAACUGGUUGCUGAUGGAAAUGCCGGAGAACUGCAGAAAUACUUUGGCUCGCGGAUGGAGUUUGGCACAGCCGGGCUCAGGGCUGCCAUGGGACCAGGGAUUUCCCACAUGAAUGACUUGACUAUUAUCCAGACGACCCAGGGAUUUUGCAGAUACCUUGAGAAGAAUUUCAGUGACCUGAAAAAAAGAGGAGUUGUGAUUGGUUUUGAUGCUCGUGCCCAUCUUUCCAGCGGAGGUAGUAGCAAAAGGUUUGCAAGACUUGCUGCUAAUACCUUCAUCAGUCAAGGAGUUCCAGUUUAUCUGUUCUCUGAUAUAACACCAACUCCUUUUGUGCCAUACACAGUUACUCAUCUGAAACUUUGUGCUGGAAUUAUGAUUACCGCUUCCCAUAAUCCAAAACAAGAUAAUGGUUACAAGGUUUACUGGGAAAAUGGUGCUCAGAUCAUUUCCCCUCAUGACAAAGGAAUUUCUCAGGCUAUUGAGGAGAACCAAGAGCCGUGGCCUCAGGCUUGGGAUGACAAACUGAUUGACAGCAGCCUGCUGCUUCAUGAUCCAUAUGCCAUGGUCAAUAAGGAAUAUUUCAAAGACAUACAGAAACAGUGUUUUCACAGGAAUAUAAACAAGGAAACAAACUUGAAAUUUGUUCAUACUUCUGUGCAUGGCGUAGGUCAUAAAUUUGUGCAGUUGGCCUUCAAGGCAUUUGACCUUAGCCCUCCUUUUGCCGUUCCGGAGCAGAAGGAUCCUGAUCCAGAAUUUCCCACAGUGAAGUAUCCAAAUCCUGAAGAAGGCAAAGGUGUUCUGACACUGUCUUUUGCUUUGGCUGAAAAAGAUGGGGCAAAAAUCAUUUUAGCAAAUGAUCCUGAUGCUGAUCGACUUGCAGUGGCAGAGAAACAAGAGAGUGGUGAGUGGAAGGUGUUUUCUGGAAAUGAGCUGGGAGCUCUUUUAGGCUGGUGGAUCUUCACUUGCUGGAAAAAUAACAAUAGGGGUACUUGUGCUAUUAAAGAUGUCUACAUGUUAUCCAGUACCGUUUCUUCCAAAAUCCUGAGAGCAAUUGCGCUAAAAGAAGGUUUUCACUUUGAGGAAACACUGACAGGUUUCAAGUGGAUGGGCAACCGUGCCAAGCAGCUCAUGGACCAGGGAAAAGCUGUGCUUUUUGCAUUUGAGGAGGCUAUAGGAUAUAUGUGCUGUCCUGCUGUUCUGGACAAAGAUGGUGUCAGCGCUGCUGUUAUAACUGCGGAGAUGGCCAGCUUUUUGGCAGCCAGGAAUUUGUCUUUGUCUCAGCAGCUGAAAGCCGUCUAUGAUGAAUAUGGCUUCCAUAUUACUAAAGCUUCAUAUUUCAUCUGCCAUGAUCCUAAAGUUAUUCAACAGCUUUUUGACAACCUUAGAAAUUUUGAUGGAAAAAACACGUAUCCAAAAUCUUGUGGUAGAUUUAAAGUUUCUGGAAUAAGGGAUCUAACUACUGGGUAUGACAGCAGCCAGCCAGAUAAAAAGGCUAUACUUCCCACUAGUAAAAGUAGCCAAAUGAUAACAUUCACUUUUGCUAAUGGAGGAGUGGCCACAAUGAGAACCAGUGGGACGGAACCAAAGAUCAAAUACUAUUCUGAACUUUGUGCACCUCCUGGAAACAGUGACGUUGAGCAGCUGAAGAAGGAACUAGAUGAAUUGGUCAACGCUCUUGAAAAACACUUCUUUCAACCAGAAAAAAAUAAUCUUCAACGAAAGACUGAGUAAAAUAGGAAAAUUACUACCUUAAUUGGUUUUUGCAGCAUUAGAAGUGCAUUAUUUAAUAAGUAAGGAUUUUUAGGACCAAACAUCGGAGAACUCAGACUAAAAAGACUUCUGCUUUUAUUAAGAGUUAUUCUGGGGACUCCUGGAUCUAGUAUCAUGUAUCUUGGAAGGAAAGUACCUUUACCCGUAAAGGACCAAAAAACCCCAAUCAGUUGAAGUAAGAGCUUUAUGAACUAAAUGUUGACUGCUAAUGUAUUUCAAUCAAAACUUGUUUUAAUUAAAUAUUGUAAGUAAUAUCCUGUUUUCGGAAAAAGUAGCCUGUUUUGUGGGGACUUUUAUUUCUUUUGUGUGUGUAAUCUCAUAGUACUAUGCAACUUUAUAUAGGUUUAGAUUUGCAAAGCAAGUUCUUCUGUUAACAAGAAAUACUGAAAGCCUGUGGUGAGACUUUGACAAACUUGGGGCAAGUGUUUCAGAAAUGGUGAUCUUUCUUGGGGAUUUUGGCGUAAAUAAACAGGAAAAUCCCAGUGAAUUUGCUGGAGAGACUAUACAUCAUAUUCCAGGUUAGAGAUACUAAGUGUACUAAACUGCUUUGAAUACCAUGAACAUAUUAAGAUAAUAUAUCUACAUACAGCACCUUUCUGUUUCCUCAUUGAACUAAGCAUAAUUAGUUCAAUGUGUACCCCAGUCUGUCAUACUGUAUGCUGCCAUGACUUGAUGCAUAACUCUGCAUGUCUAAUUUAGAGCAAAAGUUUCCGUUUUAUUGCAUGCUGUUGUCUGCACUUGCAGAGGCCGAGCGGGUUAUUUGGAGGUUACCAGAUGACUUUAAUACAAGGGUUUUCCACAUUUUCAGUGCUUGUCUUGGGUAUCAGUGUAGCUCUAACAGCCCCAGUACUUCUUGGGUAAAGAAACUUCUUUCCCAGAAUUACUUCUGGUAUCCCAUGGAGAAUGCCUAGUUGCCAGACCAAGCACAGAUCAAAUUUAGCAAACUAAUCACAAAGGAACAAAUUUCCUAUUCCAUCCCCAGUAAAUAUUAGCUUACCUUGUUAGCCAAGAUGGUAAGCAAAGAACACUGUAUACCUGCUUUUACCUUACAGGCUUACCUUUAGAGUUGUCAUCGGAGGACACAAGGAAAGAAGUAGUCCCUGCAUUCUGAGGCUGUCACAUCAGUUUUUCUUGGCUGUGCACAAUCAUUUAUAUUGAGGUCAAUCUGUGUGGCAUAGAAAAUUAAUUUGAAAAUAAAGUAAUAAGGAUACUAUGGAAACACAGUAUGCUGUUAAUCAAAUCCUAGUCCUUCAGAGUAGAAAGCUAAAAAUAUAGGUUAGUAGUUUGUGCAGAAAGUGCUUGUUCACACCUUCUACUUUUCUGUUUCUGUUUCUCUUAUAUUAACCAAAGAUGAGACAAGUUUUUAUUGAUACAUGUUUAUUUAGAAUAAUUACUUGAAUAAUGCAAUCCAUACUCCUGAAUAGGACCUUAGGUGCUACUGAAUGUAGUAGUAACUGUAAAGGGAAUCUCAACAUUCACUUCAGUGCAAUCAGCUCUGACACACUGCAUGAAAAUUCCAUACGUAUCAACUCCCACUGUUCUUUCCUUCUGAAAAUAAAAGCUAAGGACAAAUUAAAGGCUUAAAAUAAA